AUGUACCAUGACACCCUCCUAAAGUACAAGUCGACCUCUCUCAACCAACUCGCAUUACUAUGCGGACUCCCCACUAAAACCAAUAAGAGAGCCAGAGUGGACUGUCUUGUGCAAGGCUUGAAUAUGGUCUCGAAGUUGCACCCAAAAAGUCCAACCAUUCUAUCCGUGGAUAUAGGGAUCAAGAACUUCUCCUAUUGCAAGGUCAAGUUGGCCGACCUUGCUGAGAUCUCAGAGCCGUCCAUUGUCGACAAAUGGGCCAAGGUCAACCUCCACGAUACAUACGGUUCUGAUUACGUGCCCUUGUUAGACCUUGAUACUCUCAUAGACUCUAAACGGUACAUCAACUAUAUCUGCAAACGGCUCGUUAGUGACAUAGUUGAUACACCUGAUAUCGUUGUGAUGGAAACUCAAAGAACGAGGUCCAACAACAAUGCCAUCACUCUUCCAAAUGUUCUCUUGAACUACACUUUCGAGAACAUUCUUUACGCCAAUUUAUAUAACUCGCUUCCUAAGUGUGUGAUCGUACCGAUGACGUCCACCUCGAUGAUCAACUUCUGGAUCAAUAGGUUUGUCUCCAAGGAAUCGUUGCGCAAGCACUCAAAAUCCUCCAAAAAGAUUAGGCUGCAGUUAUUCUUCCAUUGGCUUGGUCUGUCAGACGGACCAUUCAAACUUCCUGCUGAAGUUCAAGACAAGAAGUCUCUCUUGAAAUACUUGGAUCUACAGAAGAGUGACAAAAUUGAUGAUUUAGUUGAUAGCUUGCUCUACAACUUAACUAUUAGAACGCAGGUGUCGAAUCAGAUCAACCUAUUGCGUUGGAUCGACAAGGAUUUGAACGAAUUCAUCAUCCGUAGGAAUCUUAGCCAACUCAAUCAUAUAUAUCCGUUAAUUCAGGAUUUGGGCCUCCGAUGGCACGAAGAGUUCGAGCUCUACAUCGACUACUUUUUCAGAGCAAACAAUACUUUGCCAAAGAUCAUUGACGAGAAUUCAAUAUGUGAAUUUAAGAAACUAUCUAAAUUGCAAUGA